AUGGCACCGGAGGGCAGUGAUAUCUGGACCAUCCGAUACCAGAACAAUCAGAAAGUCUUUGUUAACCAGAAGACUGGCGCUGAGGUUUGCCCCAGCAGCUCCUUGGCAACCCAUCCUAACUUGUGUCCCGGCAUCAGCCCAGGCCUUACACCACCAACGGCAACAACAGCGAGUCAAUCUGCCAGAUCGGGCCAAGGAAUUACGGCUAUACCUACAGAUACUGUUGGCAGGACAGAGGGUAGUGACAUGGAGACGACCGAGAGUGAGGACGAGGAAGCAGAAGAAUACGGAGCCGAACAAUCUACGGAGGAUGAUCAACACUCAACGGAGGAGGAGGAGGUGGAAGAGGGAGAGGAGGAGAGCUUCGAUACAGUUCCUGAUUUCACCGCUGGUGACUCUGAUCGGAUUUUUCGCAGGCCAGAGGCGGUACUGACUACAACCCCAUCUCAGAAUUUGUUAAAAAUGCAUGAGUGUAAACAAGUCGAAGAUGCGGACAAGGAGACUAAAGGCAGCUUCAAGUCGGCUCGGUCUCGAAUCCGAUUUUGCGCCGUAAAAGAUGAUAGUGGAUCCGACUGA